UCUCGUCGCAUCCAGUGCUCGCAUCUCUCUUCGACCUCCUCCUCCUCCUCCUCCUCUUCCUCUUUCGGCACUUGUUUUCUUUUUAACGUGGUGUGUGCGUGUCGCGUGCAGGAGGAGGGACAUGCACCAUCUCUGAGCGUUUGAUAUCUUCUUUUUUAAUUUCUGGGGCUCUGAAGGUCGAGCGUGGCAUCAUGACUUUUAAAUGACCAUCAUGCAACAAACACUAGUGUUGUAACCCAGCUCCACGUCCCCACCCGGCAGCUCCACCAUCAGCUCCACUUCCACUCCUCUUCAGGGGAAAACUACCACACCACCUGCCGACGCAUCCCGCACCAUAUGACCGUCUCAAAGAUGACAUGGCGUCCUCAGUACCGCACUUCCAAGUUCCGCCACGUGUUCGGUAAGGCCGCCACCAAAGAGAGCUGCUAUGAUGGUGUGCCAAUCACACGCAGUGUCCAGGACAACAACUUCUGUGCUGUCAACCCUCGUUUCCUGGCAGUCAUCACUGAAUGCGCCGGGGGAGGGGCCUUCCUGGUCCUCUCUGUCCAUCAUACAGGUAAAGUGGACCCUCACCACCCCAAAGUGUCGGGCCACAGAGGAAACGUGUUGGACGUCAAAUGGAAUCCCUUCAACGAUUACUGCAUCGCCUCCUGCUCCGAGGACACCACGGUGAAAGUCUGGGAGAUUCCUCCUCAUGGUGUGCUGAAGAGCCUGACAGUACCAUGGAAGGAGCUUCAAGGUCACAGCCGCAGAGUGGGCCUCAUCGAGUGGCACCCGACUGCUAACAACAUCCUGCUCAGCACAGCCUACGACUACCAGGUGAUGAUCUGGAACCUGGACUGUUCUGAGCAGGUGAUAAAGAACCCAGUGCGGACAAUCAACUUGCACACAGAUGUAGUCCUCUCCAUGUCUUUCAAUACAGACGGCAGCCUGUUGGCCACCACCUGCAAAGACAGGAAGCUCCGACUCAUGGAUCUGCGCACAGGAAACCUGCUGCAGGAAGGCAACUCCAAAACGCACAAAGCCACUAAGGUGCUGAUGCUGGGUAACAUGAAGAUGCUGCUCACGACAGGCACGUCACGCUGGAAUCAUCGACAGAUCUCUCUGUGGGAUCAGGAUGAUCUGUCCACGCCUUUGACGCAAGACAACCUGGAUGGUUCAUCAGGAGUCCUUUUUCCUUUCUAUGACCCUGACACACACAUGCUGUACAUCGCUGGGAAGGGGGACGGAAAUAUAAGGUACUAUGAGAUCAGCACAGAAAAACCAUAUAUCCACUACCUAACAGACUACCGCUCCAACCUACCUCAGAAAGGACUGGGUAUGAUGCCAAAGAGAGGUCUGGACGUGAGCUCCUGUGAAGUGUUCAGGUUUUACAAACUGGUAACAGUCAAGAGUUUCAUCGAGCCACUUUCAAUGAUCGUACCCCGCAGGUCAGAGUCAUACCAGGAGGACAUCUAUCCAAUGACAGCUAGUAACAAACCUGCUCUGACUGCAGAGGAGUGGCUCAGCGGCAUCAAUAAAGGCCCAAUGCUGAUGUCUCUGAAGCCAGGAAGUCAGGAAUCGGAGUCGUAUCAAGAGAUGAACAAGGGAAUGGGAAACUCGCUAGACACUCGCAGGUCUCAGAGCAGACCAGGAGCACUGCAGCUAGCGUACAUUCAGGACCAUCUUGGAACCAAAGACGGCAAGGAGGACGGAGGGCAAACAGAGGAUGACAUGAGUCGGAGAACACCUGUCAGCAACGGAGAGGACCUUUCUCUCUGCUCCCCACCCAAGACAGAGAAUGAGCUGCGUCUGAAGUUCCACAAGCAGCAGGAGGAAAUCCGGCGGUUGAGGGAGCUUCUUAACCAGAGGGACGUGCGUGUCAAACAGCUGGAGCUGGAGAUUAAGAACAUCAAAAACUCUCAGUCUCAGUCUCAGAGCUCACUUACAGACUUACCUUGAUCUGCUGACUCACCGUCAUCCCCACACUGAACACACACAUUACUGUACAAACAAAAUCCCUAUUUCAAACCACCUCUCACCUCUUAGGGUCCUGACUUACUUCUUAUCCUCUAAAAAGCCUGAAUACUCACUGCACAGGGGUGGUUUGAACCUCAAUCAUGUUUAUAUUUUAGUUUGUUGUUCUGUCCACGAGAUGCACAUAUUCUUUAUAAAUGUACAUACACUCAAACACUGACUCUUGUUUUCGAAAUCUUUGCACCUCUCUACCUUCUUUACCAAGUUUAUUUUUUACGCUUCACAGCUAUGCAAGUUUAAUGUAAUUUCUAGCUUUUUUAUGCUCUUAUGUAGCUGAGAGUAAAACGGAUGUCUGUGUCCUGGCUGAGUGAUGAGGCUGUGUGUAGUUUGAAAGAUGUUGCAGGGCAGAAGCAGACACUUUGGGAUUGUAUGAUAACGCUACAUUUUAUUUUAUUUUUUCUCCUCCCAGAAAUAUUUAAACUACUGUAAGCAAAGACUGCGGCUGUGGUACUUUGAUGUAUGUGUGAUCGAAUGAAAGUGAUCUAUAUGAAUGAAAAAAUAUCAAUCCCAGUUGUGUAUGUCCUUUUCUGCUGCUUCUGAUUUUAUUGUCAUUGACUGGAAAAUUUGUGACGUCAAUAUGUUGUACAACAUUAACAAAAGCCAUGCAGCACAUUUUUAUUACUGUUUUGCAUUAUUUAAAAAAAAUACAGUUUAACCAAGUAUUGGAGUUUUUAAUUUUAACUUACUGAAAGAAAAAAAAACAUGCAAACAUUUCAAAAGGACAGUUUUGGCUUUUUUCCUAGUUCACUGUGAAGAAACAAUUCAAAGCAAUUGUAGAGCCCCUACUAUUAGCUCAGUGGUGGAAAUAAUGUAAAAUACUGAAACAUAAUACAUAGGAUUUCUUUUCAAAUUCUUUGUAUCUGCUUUUGUAGAGAAUUUUAAAAUCUGAGCACCUUGUGUAAUUGAUAGCCUGAACAAUAGCCUGAUUGUAUACACUGUGAGAUGACAAUUUGUCUUCAGUGUAAAAUUUGCUUCCAAGGUAGCUUUCCGUAAAGUAGCUUAGCUGCAUUAAACAAAAAUACUAUGCUUUCCCAAUUUGCAAGUCACUGAAUUCCUGGUACUGAUCACUGUUUUUUUUUCCUGCAGUUUCUCAAUGUUUGUAAAACAGAUACACGUAAUAUAUAAUGACAAAUGUAGAGAUGGAACCAUAGGAUGGAGCAAUCUUAAUUUGACACAAACUAAAAGAUUUUAUUCAUAUUCAACUAAAUAUUUAUUGAGCUCAACAGUCUAUCCAUUACCUACACUCAGGUUAUUUUAUGUGCCUGAUUUAGAGUUUUAAAAAGUUGUCUGUAGCAGAUAAUGUUUGUAAGUUUGUUGAACUGUUGAUGGGUUUUUUUUGUGACAUUUGCUUUGCCCCAGGUCAGCAGUUUUUUAAGCCAACUGGACUUUCACGUCCUAGUACAGAUAGGUGGGUUUAUUUUUCUGUAAGAUGGACAGGGUUGUUAAUUCAAUAUUUCAGAUGCCAACCAUGUGAGAUCAUAGUAGUAAGUGAAAUGCCUGGUGGUACAGAGGCAAGCUUAACAGAUCAUUUCUCUUAAUAUGAAUAUUUUACUUUAAAGAGGAGGUAUUAUGCUUUUUCAAAUUUUACAAGUUGUGAGUUAAUUCUGUAUUGGAGUAACGCUAGGAUGAGACCACAUUGCUCUGAACAGCCUGUUAAAAAAGUCACAAGAAUUAUGCUAUAUGGACACAAGAUUGGCUCAAAUCGUGAUGUCACCAAUUGGGGAAUCUCCUGUGGGGCAUGGCAACAGUGGAGGAGGCUUCUGGAUUGCUGUACUUGGGCUUGGAAGAGACAGUAGCUGAAAUUAAGUGUUUCAGUGGCUGAAAUAAGGGUUUCCAAAACCCCUUUUUCCCGCUUUAAAUCAUGUAAAACUUCUACAAUAUCAGAAGGAAAAUCUUAAGCCUGAAAAUGAGCAUUUUACCCCCUCUUCAAAGACACAGGGAAUUCAAUAUUUUUCAGUGCUUGGUCUCUAAAUCAAACCAAACCAGAGACUCAAAUGAUACUCAAAUUAACACUGAGCAGUUGUUUAUCUGAAUCUCAUAUAUAAAUGUUUUUCAUCCUCUGAAAAAUUCUGAAUGGUGUUCCUGUUUUUGACCACUGUGUAGUCAGACCUAUUUCUCCCAUUUGUUACUCCAAAAUUGGGGCUAUCGAUUUUGACUUCUCUUUUCUUUAAACAGACUUGAAGACAAAACAUUCCUUUGGCUCUGAUCUCCAUUUGGAGAGGAUCUGUUAUAAUACUAGCAUGUAAUUAUGCUUACUGAUAAUAAAGCAACACAAAAAAUAUAGCAUCUGAUGCGUCUGAUGCAGCUCAAAUUGGCAUGCAUGUCUGUAUUUAUAUAGCUAUGGGCAUAAGCGCCACAAUGAUAUUCUAGAUUUGGUUUACAUUCCACAGCCACCUGUCAAAGAUGUAACAAAUAGAAACUGCCACAGCAACACCCAGCACACACACACACUCACACACAAACACUGGCCUCAAUACAGUUGUGAACCUUUGACCCCUCGCAGGACAGUUCUAGCACAGCUUCAUCUCUUGUGGACUUUAGUCUAGAAGCAGCGGCACCCGGUCAGUGUAGGCUAUGUAGUGCUGUUGGUGGACAAGUCUUAACGCAGUCCCACUGUGUGCUGCAGUUUUAACUGAGGACUUGCUUGAUUAAGGGGAUUUUUGGGGCUGUUUGUUGACAUCACAAAAGUUAAAGGUUACACAGAGGUCAGUCAUGCGCAUUUGUCAUACAGGAUUCAAUUCAUAAGGUUAUUUUCACACCCACAAAAUGUAAUACAUUUUCGGACUAAAUAGUCUGCCUGAGAAUGCAACGAAAACAGGGUUAUUUAAUGUGUCUACCAAAUUGUACAUGAAAAAAAUAGUAGUUGGCUUGGGAAUUUAAUUCUUAAAUGCAGUUUACACCACAAAUAAAUACUGCACACCUCCAGCUUUAUAAAAAAUAUCAGCUAUCAUGUUUAAGCCUAUUCCUCCAGCACUUAGUGUCAACAACAUCUCAUUAAUAUUUUUUUACUGUUGCACCAUUUCACUACUUUUGUCCCCUUCACUAUAAAAGCCCAAAUGAAAAGCAAAAAAUAUUAUAAAUGCAUUGUGUAAAAUGAAUAAAGGGAACAACAAUUUCAGAAAUUAUUUGUAAAAACUCAAAUGGACUUUGUAAAAACUCAAAUGGACUUUGUAAAAAUUCAAAUGGACUUUGUAAAAUUUCAAUUAGCCAAAACAACUAAAUGUAGCAUGUUAACUCCUGUUUGCUACAGUAACACCUAUGCUAACUUUAUAGAGGUUGCAAAUGAACUGAGAACCCAGUCAGCAAUAUUACCCCAAGUGCUAUAGCUAGCUAAAUAGGCUGAGAUUACUCAGUAUCAAAGAGAAGAGUCAAUAUUAGCAUUGUGAGCUAACUCCUAAUGCUGAGCAAUCAGAAAGAAAAGACAGGUUUCUGUUCUGUCUCUUGCCUUCUUAAAGUCUUCUUUCCGUGUAACAUACUUGGACAGAAAACUCUGUCAAGCUACUCUGAAUUAGCUAUCUUACAGCUACUUUUAAUGCUGCGACUGGAUUUUCGACAUCAAGAACAAUCCAAAUAUGUUUUUUGCAAAUCCAGUCAGACAUGGAAUUUAUUAUGAUUUUUUAUUGUCCAUUUUUUUUAAAGCGUCUGUGGUGUUUUUUCUAGCAUAUGUUUCCUAGUGGUACUUUGAGGUACAUUAAAUUAUGCUUCUUCUCAGCCUCGUCUUAUGGGAAAUGUUUGGUACAAUGUUUAACAAAAUAAGGGACCAUAAGUCUGAUAAUGACCUCUGCAGCAUCUUUUAUAUGGGUUUAGCUGUUUAGUAUUGUACUUUGGCUAAAUUAACCUGUUGAACCAAUUGUCAAACAGUUGAAUUUGAUUCCAUAUUUGUACUUUUGAUGAAAUUAUACUACUAUAAAGCCAUGGUAUCAUAUAACACUAAAACAACAAAGUAAACACUUCAUUGCCAGUAAAUUCAACCAAUGCAGACCAAUAUCUUUAGAUUUUUUGUGUCUGAUGCUGUCAAUUGUAGCUCACUCCUGAAAAUCUAUAUCAGUAAUAUACAUCAUGUUUUGUAAUGGACCAUUAACAUGGGGUCGAGGAACAAGGAAAACUGUCACCAUAAACUUCUGUUAUGAAUAUGAAUGAUUUGAUGAAUAAUCUCAAUGCUACGGUACAGUGAUAAUUGUUCUGCUGCACAUUAUUCUGUUGUUCUAUUAUUAAUGUAACCAAUGCUAAGUGUGUAGAAAAAGACAACUUCUCAACAAGCCAAAUAAGCAGAACAUUAUUCUCCAUUCUAGAUACCUUUUGUUGGUGAAGCAUGUACACCUUGACAAUCUCCAAUGCUAUACUCGAGCAAUAAUGUAGCUGCAGAGGGGGCUGUAGCUUUCAAUGUUUGAACAUGUCUGAUUUAAUAAACAUUAAUUCAAGGGA